AUGGGAUGCUUCGGUUCAAAGCCGGCGACCAAUGGAGGAAAGGGCAAAACCAGCCGGAGUAGCGCCGCGCCAGUCAACCGACGGAAGCAUAGCCGCUAUUCUUCUCAAGACGGCGGGGUUUUCUUCAUGACCACGACCACCUCGUCCAAUGCUGGAGGGGGUGGUGGCCAUGGAGGGCUAGGAUGUGGCGGCACCGGCCAUGGCGGCGGGUGGUGCGGCGGUGGUGGCCAUUGUGGGGGCGGCGAUGUGGCGGUGGCGGGCAUUAAAAUUAGUAUGCAUUGA